UUCUCGCCAUUUUUCCCGAGAUCCUGCCUACGGCGCACCCUCUCCUAUCCCCCUGGAUGGUUGGUUCCUCCUUCCCCAAGCGUAGACUCCAGGCGGCGGGCGGCGCAGCCCUCCAUCCCCGACUCUACGCACUCCUCUCCGAGCAUAGGCGUGGGCUCCCUCCCCAAGCGGCGGUGGACACAGGGGACUUGCGUGUGGUGCGGGUGCUUCGCGAGGGCGCGGAGAUAGGACGCUGGGUGGCACGGGUGCUCCUCCAGGCAGCGGCGGCGCGUAGGCCCCAGGCAGCGGGCGGACCAGCACGGCUCCCCAUUCUCGGCUCGGCGCGCUCCUUUCCGAGCAGAGGAGUGGAUCCAGGAGGCCGACGGCAUGCGGGCCCCUCCAGGUGGACCUGCAAACCCGGCGGCGCGAACUCGUCAUCCCUCGGCUCGGUGACAUGGAAGACCCGGUCCCGAGCAGCAGCGGCGCUUGGAGCUCCUCCUGCGGCCCGCGAGAAUUUCUUCCAUGUCAGGCGCGGACCCAGCGCGGCUCUCUCCGACCCGGCUCGGCGCAUCUCCCCAGUUCAUAAAGCAAGCUCAUCAAUCAUGCAAGUUUGAAGUACAAUAAUGUGCAUUAUUUGUGAUAAUAUGCUUGUGUAGUCCCAUGAAUAACCAUGUCGUUCAGUACUGCUUACGAUGUUGUAUUUUGGAUUUAGCCUACCCCAACUUGCUUGGGAUUGAAAGGCUCUGUUGAUGUUGA